UUAUGUCUUAAUGUUACAUUAAAAUAAAAGAAAACGAGACAAAAAAGAUUUCUUGCCUUCAGCUAUCUGCGAAAAAUGUUCACAUGAUAUAUUUGUUACCGGUACAUACAUAUAUAUAUCGACGUGAAGAUAUUUUUUUAUUUCAUUGUUUGUUGUCCUUUGUCACUACUCUGUGGGUGCGUGCGACGUUGUAUAUGUGGGCACGCAUGUUUUUACGUCGCUUCUUCCUUUUUAUGUAAAUAUGAUACAUACGUUACCGAUACGUACGUGACAGUCACAACCGAUGGCCAAUAUGCUGUCGACAAAGGAAAACUAAGGCGCCUAUUGCGCAGAAUAAGUUUGGCUAGCAUUGGAGAGGUUGUAGAAUAGGGAACCUCUUGAUGGUAUCUAUUUUGCAAAAAGAUAAGAGCAAGUGAAGUGGACGGUGCAGUCAUUUUAAAAAAUGGCAGGCAAUGGUUCUUGUUCUCUUGCCUCUGACUUUGAAGGGAAGUCUUUCUCCAUGGAUCCUUCAUACAGACCAAAGAAGUUAAAGACAACCGACACGGAAGUGAAGAGCACUGAUCUAAACUACAAGUGUGAAUCGAGAGUUCUUGUCCUGUACACAGGUGGAACGAUUGGCAUGCGUAUUCACGACGGAGUUUAUACCCCAGAACCAAAUUUUCUUGUGAAUGAGUUAAGGAAAUUAUCAAUAUUCCAUGACCAGCAGUACGUAGUUACACACAGUACCCCAGAACCAAACUUUCUUGUGAAUGAGUUACGGAAAUUAUCAAUAUCCCAUGACCAGGAGUGGAUGAAGUCACCAUUGUGUAUGCCUUUAAGCAAAGAAAAGAAAAAUGUGAUAUACUGUGUGUAUGAGUAUGAGCCCCUGCUGGAUUCUUGCAAUAUGACCAUGGAUGACUGGGCUAGGAUUGCCUCAGACAUUAAGACUUACUAUGAGGAUUUUGAUGGGUUUGUUAUACUUCAUGGGACAGAUACUAUGGCCUACACAGCAUCAGCUUUGUCUUUCAUGUUUGAGAACCUGGGAAAACCUAUCAUUCUUACUGGCUCGCAGAUUCCCAUCUUUGAGAUUCGUAGUGACGGCAGAGAUAAUCUUCUUGGUGCUCUCAUAAUGGCUGGAAACUACUGCAUUCCAGAGGUGAUGAUAUUUUUCAACAAUAAGCUUCUUCGAGGAAACCGUUCAACCAAAUUUGAUAGUAGCAGUUUUGAUGCAUUCCGUUCCCCAAACUUUCCUCCCCUUGCUGUUUUAGGGACUAAGAUUCAUGUGCAUUGGGAUGAGAUUCUUACCAGCAACACCAAUCAAAAAUGUACCUUGACUAAGCUUUGUCCUAGCGUGGGAAUACUCCGUCUUUUCCCCACUAUCACCACUGCUAUGGUUCGCCAGUUUUUGGCACCUCCACUCAAGGGAAUGGUCCUGGAAUCCUACGGGGCAGGAAAUGCUCCAGAUUCCAGAAAGGACUUAAUGCAAGUGUUCUCAGAGGCCACGAAAAGAGGGGUGCUGCUGCUUAACAUCACCCAGUGCCACAGAGGCUCUGUUAACCCAGGUUAUGCCACAGGAAAGGCUUUGAAGGAAGCAGGUGUGAUACAAGGCUCCGACAUGACACCUGAGGCUGCACUGGCCAAGCUGGCCUUUGUAAUAGGAAGAGAAGACUGGAAUUUUAAGGACAAGAAGGAGAAGUUAGCGCAGAACCUCCGUGGUGAAUUGGGUGGGUUUAUGUGGUACUAAUCUAAGCCAGGGCAACUAUGACAAAAGAACUGCACUACAUGUUGUAAGGAAAACCAGACCGUACUGUUAAAAACUCUUAAUAUACUGGUAUACUUUUCUUCACUGUGUAACUAAGUGAACAUGGACACCGAGACCAGCAACCCUUUUGAUGUCCAUUUUGAUUUUUUGUCAUAUAUGACAUUUGAUUUUUUUAAAACAAUUAUUGGGUAAUUUUUUGGGGUGGGGCAGCUUCUCAUGGACAUCAGGAUUCAGCAGAGUUUCUGUUAGAACAAGGGGUGAGUGUCACGGCAGAAUAUAGGUUUGGAUAUACUCCACUCAAGGAGGCAACUGCUAAAGGACACAGAAAGAUCUCCAAGCUGAUCCUUGACGCUGUGAAGCCAAUUGUUAGCACAAGCACUUCCACUGACACUUAACUUAUUGUCCUGUAUGAAUAUAAUAUGAAAUAUGAAAACACCUAAUUGUGCACUGUAUUUUAAUUAUAUGCGCUGUUUUGGUGUUUUGACUAUUUGAUGAAAGUGGACUUUUUUUCUUAUCUGAUAUAUGUUUAAGGUACACUGCAUGUUUAAGAGUUUUCCAUAGUGAUACUUACUAUGCCUACAGGCCCUGCAAAGCUUAUGCUUUUUCUCAAUUCAGACCUUAAAAACUGAAAUAUACGGGAAGACACAGUCUUCUAAAUGACUGGCUGGUCAUUUAGAACUACAACAAUUAAUCAAAAUGGAAUAUAAAAACCAAGUGCAGGGCAACCAAGCAAUGAUUCUUACAUAGGACAAAAUCCCCCCUCAAGGAAAAUUCAUUUUGACUGGUAAAACUCGUAUAGAGCGCCUUUAAUAUCAUCUUGUCAAGUUGGAAAAGCACAUAUAUAUCAUUUCUAUAAUGACGGUGUAGCAUCUUUUUACAUACCAGACUGUUUUGUGUAAGUGUGAUCAAAAAUUGAACAUUCAUAAUAUGAUUGAUGUGAUGAGAUAUAAUCUCAGUAUGAUCAGUAUUAUCAGUGCACUUCAACAUAUACCUCAAACCACUCCAAUUCCAUUUUUUUAUCUUUUUGUAUGAAUCACAGAUUUCCUUAGGGGAAAUUAUAAGUUUCCAUAAAGUGUCACA